AGUGAAGUAAAUUCUCUCAUGAAGACUAAUGCAAACUCAUUUGAGAGCAGUCAGUUGGCAGCGCAAAUUAAGGAUUUGCAGCAACAGCUGGAAGAGGCCAGGAAAGGGGCUCGUGAGGUAUUUUAAUGGGAUUUUAUCUUCUUUCAUAGGUUUAUAUUUUUAUAGCAUACACUAAAAAUGAAUGUUUUUUAGAUUGAAAUAGUGUGGUAAAUAAGUGAUAUACAUAAUCUUGCAAUUUUAUCAAUAUUUAAUAAUUUUGAUGGAUAAACCUUAAGUUCUAGAAAUGCAUUGCUACUUUGAGCUUUUUUUUUUCCCCGAAUUGUUUCCAAUAAUUUAAGCUUAGUUCUUUUCCCUGUCCAGACCCAUUACUUUGAUUUACUUAGUAAAGAUUUCAGUUGACCUUGCUCUAGAUAAAGCAUUUUAAUCAGGUCUGACUCAAAGAUAGAUUUUUAUCUUCUCAUUUUCCACCACUACAACUUGCCUUAUGAUGAGCUUUCAAAUUAUAUUGUGUCAUAUCUACUGUAAUUAUUAGCAUUAAAAAAUCUUACUAAACUUUUUAGGCUACAGUUUUUUUUACUCUGUAUAUAUUUUUAAUAGAAAAGAUAUGUUCUUAUAAACAUGAAGUACAGCUGAGAGGUUAUGGUAAUGGGUAUUUGCUCUGGUGCUGUAACUUAUACCAAAUAGUAGACCAACAAAAAUGGCUGUGUGGGAAUUGCCAAAUUGAUGCAGACAUGUUAAAUUUUAAAAGACUGUCAUUUAUGAAUAAAUCUAUUGAUUUUUGUUUCAGAGGUCGAAUUUCCAGAGGUCAAAUGCGAUUGCAUCAAGACAGUCAGGAGAGCUGAAAUUUGAAAAGAUGCAGCAAGAUGUCAAAAUAAAGGAACUCACAGCAGAGAGAGAUGCACUACAGGUAAAACACUAACACUUUCUUUUUUGUCCCCGAUUGUAAUGAUAGGGAACUAACAUAUUAAUAUAAAAAGAUAAAGAAAAAAAUUAGAUAUCGCUCAAAGCUCAGAUGGUGGUUGAUACCUUAUUCCUUGAAGUUUUUCAUUACAUUUCUUGCCUGCUUUUUUUUUUUUUUUUGUGUUUAAAUUAACUUUUUUUUUCACUUUGCAAAAUAAGCUGUAAUAUUGAAUAAAGAUGUGUUAAAUUAUUUUUUAGAAAUCGAAUGUGAUGGCAUCAAAACAUUAAAGAAAAAAAUUAGAUAUCGCUCAAAGCUCAGAUGGUGGUUGAUACCUUAUUCCUUGAAGUUUUUCAUUACAUUUCUUGCCUGCUUUUUUUUUUUUUUUUGUGUAUAAAUUAACUUUUUUUUUCACUUUGCAAAAGAAGCUGUAAUAUUGAAUAAAGAUGUGUUAAAUUAUUUUUCAGAAAUCGAAUGUGAUGGCAUCAAAACAUACAGAAGAGUUGAAGUUAGAAAAGCUGCAACUAGAUAAGAAAAUAAAUGAGCUGAAGGGAGAGAAAGAAGCUCUACAAGUAAGAAGUUGUCUUAAUUAAGCCAUUUCUUAUUUCUCAAAAAAUAUUGAUGUUCAGUUUUUAUCACAUAGUCUACUAAAUUUUAAUGCAUACACUUCCACAAGUCACUGUUAGUCAAUCAAACUAGCCUUCUUAAAGUCACUCGCUUUCAAUAAAAAGCAUAUUUAAAAAUUCAUGUUAUCUUGAUUAUCUAGCUUCUGUAUUUUUUGUGGUGAAUCAUGAAGUUUUACAAGUAAAUUUAAAUUUUAAAUAAGUAUACCACAUAGAUAACAACUACAAUUAAAUUGGUGAUAUUCAAAUUUUCCAUUAAUUCACAACUGCAAUAACUGUUGGCAUUGAAAGAUUUAUUGCUAGCAGCAUAAAUGUUUAGUAAAAAUCCUUAUUAAAAUUGCUUAUUAUUCACUGCCAUCUUAAUUUUCACAUGUUAAUGUGCAGAGUCAAGUAAAUUCUCUCAUGCAGAGUGAUGCUAACUCUGUUGGGAUCAAUCAGUUGGAG